CACAGUUGGCUGUUGUUGGCCAUGACUGGGGUGCUGUGAGGAGAGUGGGGCUCAGUGUGACCAGGCAGAGGCCAGUGUUGCAGGCAGGCAGGCUGUGGGGAGACUGUCGAGCCGCCGGGACGUGCCCAGGGUGGAUAAAACAUGCUCACUAAGUGGGAGAAAGACUCUGCCCAGGACACAAGAUGAAGGUGGAGAGGAAGCCCUCCUCUACAGGCGACGGUAUCACUGACAUUCCACCACUGCUGACGCUCCUUGGCCUCCUCCUCCUCCUUCUGUUCGCAGGUGAAGUGUCGGGGGUGAAUGUGACCAGCCAAACCCAAGUGGUGAGGGGCACGGUGGGCAAAGCGGCCCUGUUGUCUGUCAGCUACUCCAGCAGCAGUUCUGACAAGCCUGUUAUCAAGUGGCAGCUGAAGAGGGACAAAGUGAAACCCGUCACUGUUGUUCAGUCCAUAGGAACGGACGUCAUAGGGAACCUGAGGCCAGAGUACCGCAACCGCAUCCUGGUGUUUGAGAAUGGGUCCCUGCUGCUCCACAACCUGCAGCUGUCGGACGAAGGGUCGUACGAGGUGGAAAUCUCCAUCACAGACGACACCUUCACUGGAGAGCACUACAUCGAGCUCACUGUGGAUGUGCCUGUUUCCAAGCCUUACAUCCAGAUGAUGGCCUCUUCUGUCUUGGAGUACAGCGAGCACUUCAGCCUCCACUGUUCCCACGACAACGGCACAAAGCCCAUCUACGGUUGGCUGAAGGGGGGCAAGGAUAUGGCCAACGACUCGCGCCUGCUGCUCUCACAUGACCAGAAGGUGCUGACCAUCGCGCGCGUUGUCAUGUCGGAUGACGACGUCUACAUCUGCACGGUGGAGAACCCCAUUAGCAGCAUGAAGAGCUUCCCUGUCAGGCUCACUGUCUACAGACGGAGCUCGCUAUACAUCAUCCUGUCCACCGGGGGCAUUUUCCUCCUAAUCACCCUGGUGACAGUGUGUGCCUGUUGGAAACCUUCCAAAAAGAAGCAUCGACCUGUCCCCCAAAGAGCACCUGUCUAUAUAGAGCAAAGUGAAAAUGGCCAUGACGUUGAUGUUGUUCCCAAACCUACUACACUUGGUAGAAGGAGCCCCAUGCCACUCUAUGUUCUCAAUGAAGAUGAGACUCUGGAGCAUUUGGAAGAAGGUUCCGUCAACGCUGUGAGCCAAUCAGAGCUGAGUAACCCCGCUAUCUACGCUCCAGCCCCUCUGCCUUCCUCCACCAGAUCUGAGAGGCCCAUCUGGUCCACCCCACGCAGGUACCCCCGCAGCCCCUCUCCCCUGGCGCAGCCUAUCCUGCAGCCUCUUCCUGGGCCUCCCCUGCGCCCUCUCCGCUCGCCCGCUCACUCCCCCGGCACGUCUCCGCGCAGUUUCAGCCCGAUAAGAAAAGUCCGCCCUCCGGUCGGCAUCCCCACCAGCCAUCUGCCCGUAGAGGCCGAGUGUCCAGACCCCAGCGACCACUGUCCCUCACAGCAAUGAUAGCUGCACAGAUGUGUGAUUUCACUCUGUGAUAUGCGAAGUGCACGUGUAGUUGCAUCCCGCCAUGUGAAUAAUGGAUCUGAUGCACUGAGACAAGAGUUCACUAUCAGCUAACUUUCUAUCUUCUGUUAUUUAUCUAUUUCUCUAUGGCUAUGCACAGGAUCUCUGUGAACUUUCGAUGUUAUUCUCAGAAACAGAAAAGUUAAUCCUGUCCACCAGCACGUAGUAUGUUCUGUAUAUGACGCCGAGACAGUAAAGUAUUUACAGUUCUGAUAUAUAUUUUUGCUCCUUGUGGAAUUCUUAAUUUUACGGGGAAGUUUUGAUAUGGGCCUGUACAUACUGUAUGUAAGUUCAUAGUUUUUAAAGGUAGAGCAUUUUUUUCUUUUCAGCAAUUAAACCACACACUAUUCUUAUUGCACGUUAAGUCACUUCAUAAUCCAAGGUAAUAAAAACAAUUGAAAUAGUU